AUGGAUCAUACUCCUCCGUGGGGUAGACUGCCUGUUGAACAAUAUUUCAUCAUAAACUGGAACCACUCCUCAACCGAAACCCUUGACCAGCAACGAAAAAGGCUAGUUGCCGAGUUUCUGGACAUGGACUCAUUUCCUUAUGUAUGGACUGAAGAUUGGGACACCGAAGCCCUUCCAGAAAGCCUCGCCGAGCUUCGUGAGCCUACGGCCGAGGAAGUGGACACCAUUCUCCGACCAUACCGUAGCGACUUGCUUCGAUGGCACGCAAUGGAUAUUUUCCAUGGGGAAUUUUCCCCCGCUUUCCUACGAACAUAUUAUAGCGCCGACGAAGGAGAGAGAGAUAAACACGCCAAGCUAAUGGCUGAAUGGGGCUUUUCUGCAGAAGACUGGUGUGCGGUUCUCGACAAUGAAGAUCUCUUUAACUUUGGCUCGGAGUGGCGGCGUGUAUACGAGAUUCUUCCUGAAAUCGCGGGCCCGCUUGUAUACGUCGUUGAUAAGAUAGAUGAGAUAUUCCACAUUCCACGGGCCCCUCGGCAAAAGAACGUCGACGCUUUCCGUUCACUUCUCAAAACACAACUUGCCGAAGCGAAGCAAACAUCACCAGAAACUUGGCGCGAGCACCGACAUGUGUUCGUUGACGACUACACUACCGAAUUACAACACUACGUCACGAGGACGUGCCUCAUCAUUGCGGACGAGGAGGCUUUCCGGUCUGGAAGGUUGCAGGUGAUUUACUUGGAUGGGUUCCGAAACAUCGUUCGUGAACUUCGUCUGGACGCUGAGUUCUAUGAUAUCUCCAGUGUGGAUCUUACAUGGAUGAUAAAAAACGCCUUCCCCGAAGAUUUUACUGUUGGCGAGAAGUAUCGAGUCAGUGCAGAGUUGGGGAGAGAACUGUAUCAAUUCACGGAGGAGGACCUUGCAGACCCUACUAACUCGGAAUGA